CAAAGCAGAGCCUUUUCUUUGGAGAUGCCGAUCUCAAUGGUCUUCAAAGCUGUCGUGAUGCUGGGUGUAGCAGCAUUGCUGCUCGACGUGGACGCCCUCGCUGCCCCCCAGAGGAACAGGAGCAUGAAGCUGCCCAAGCCCAGCAAGGGCCCACGGGGCAGGAUGCGGAAACUCUGGCUCAAAGUCGACCCUGCUCUGCUCAACUCCUCGGACUCCCUGCUGAUAUCGCCCAGACUGUCAAUUUCACCAUGGACAUAUGAGUCCUCCUAUGAUGUGGACCGCGUCCCGUAUCACAUCUUCGAAGCCAAAUGCGAGAGGACGGGCUGCCUGACCAGAGACGGCCAGGAGGACAUGGGACUGGAGUCCAAGCCCAUCUUCUACCAGAUUCUGGUCCUCAGGCGCGUGAAGGCCAAGCGGCAGGAGUCGGUGCUGCAGCUCGAGAAGAAGACCGUCAAAGUGGGCUGCACGUGCGCGGUGCCCAACGUGCUCCCUCCGAUGUAGCCCGUCCCGCGCGCUUGCCUUAAACCAGGAUCAAGGCUUUAAGAUGUCCCGCGUCUGUGACCAGACAGGCGGUCUUAUUUACUAAUCAAUAAGCUGCGACAUAAUGACAUUUAUACAUCAGCAAGAUCCGGCCAAAUAAUUUGAUUGGGGUUAGAGUCAUUCCGUGAGUGCCGAUAUGUAGCGUAACAGCGCUCGGAAGUUAAAAUGCACAUGUAUCAGUCAGAUUCACAGCUAUGUUCUAUCAACUGUUAUCGAUCUUAGAGUGUAACAAACUUUGCUGUCAACUCAUCGUAACCAGACACGCCGCCAAACGGAAUGUCAACACACCCUUAUUUCCCUGGCUGCACAACAAAUGGAAACAUUGACGAAUGUACGAUGUUCAGUACCACAGCACACUCUCUUCAAGAGCCAUUUCCCCCCAAUGAUGCGUCAUAUUAUACUGACACCUAGUGCCUUGGACGCUUCAGAGAUUCUACUAAAUCUAUUCAUGGCCGCUCUAUGGGACAUAAACUGGUUCAUUUGAGGGUUACAAAGAAGUUUGAUUGUUCAUUUCAUAUGACUUCAUAGAAAGACUAAAAAAUAAAAAAUCUCUUUCAUAAAUAUUGUUUUGCUACUUUUUGGUGGUGCUCUUUUAAAUGUGGUAGAGAAUAGAUGCUCACCGUGCUGACGAAUGGAUUUCAAUGUUCUCGCCUCACUGACACCUUACAAUUCGGACUCGGUACGUUUAAAUGAAUACGUUUAACAGGGUUGGCGGUACAGAAAGCGACAAAUCACAAAACUGGUCAUUUAGUCAAGAGAAGCUUUUACUGACCAUGUCAAAACAGAGAGAUUUUAUUCUUUUAGGGUGUCCACAGACAUGGGCAGUGAGGUGGGGUAGGGAUUCAUAUUUAUACAGGAUCCUGAAACAUUUCCAGUUCUCAUCACGGCACAGUUACGUUGUCUGCGAGGCCGGGACCGCAAGCAUGUAGUCUUUUCUGGUCUCUCUUCAAUUAACAGGUAACAUAAGUACACAGAUGGCACCAAGGAAAGCACAGUGACAUGCCAAACCAAAGUGCAGCAUACACUAACCUAAGGCUGUGGAAGCGUAUCUACGUGCUACCUCACUUCGAGGAGAAGUGUGGCGUCUGGCUGCACUCUGCUUCACAGUCUUCACACGCCGUUCUCUGAGCUCGGGUGGUUUUUAACCGGCGCACCGGCGUCUUUCAAAGUAACAGCUACUGGCUAUGUGCUUUUGAGUUGUGCUUCAUAAAUGAGUCGAUUCCGGGCGUUUCAUCGUAAAUGGGCUAAUGGUGAGGAGAUUCACGACAACCCUAGACAAAAAAUAAAUCUGGAUCAUCAUGUCUGAAAGCGUGUUAUCAACAAGAGAAAAUUGAGAACUCUGGAGGGGAAAGGCGUUAUUAUAAUUGAUUGAACUGACAAGGCGUGAA